CAAGGUGUAACCGUCCCACACAACAGAUGAAUUAUGCACCUUCAAUGAUAACUCUCCUCCACCUCAUUACCUAGUUGGUGUGAUACUUAGUCAAGAUGGCUAGGAAAAAGAUUCGCAGCACCAGUUCAGAAUCAGCGAGUUCAACGAGUGGCUCCUCCUCAUCCUCUUCAACAUCAUCCUCCUCUUCAUCAUCGUCAUCAUCAUCUGACUCAUCUUCAUCCUCAGACACUGACCAGUCUUCAGCAGUCUCGACUAGAAGCCGUGCCCGCUCCCGUGCUGCUUCCACUGACCGGGACUCCCCCCAGAAGCCUACUCCCCCAACCCAGGCUCCUAAAGGGGGGAGAGAACUCCCUCCUGCCAACCCCCCUCAGACCCGCCCCCCAACCAGAGGAUCUUCAGAAUCAGAGCCAGAGACUGCCACUGCCCCAAGCAAACGUGGUCCAAAAACCUCAGCCACAACUAUACCCAAAAGCACUGCCCCAGCUUCGGUUACCCAACGAAAGAAUGGCCCAAAACCUGCAGCACGACCUCAACAAGCAGCACUGCAAAAACCUCCAAGUAAAGCACAGCAGCAGAAAGGGAGCAACAAUGUUGCACAACAGAAAAAGGCAGCACAAAACAAGAAACCUCUGGGAAGUGGAGGUGCAUCAUCCAUGGACAAAGCCUCAAAGAAGAAGUCCAUAUUCUCUCCUGACAACAGCACUGAUUCUGAUAGCGAGACCAAGAGGCCAGUGAGUAAAAAGGGACCACAACCCAAGCCACAGCCUAAGCCACAGCCCAAACCACAACCAAAAGCACAACCCAAAGCCUCAGUAACCCAGAAAACUAAUCCUCAGCAACGAAAGGGAACUCCAAAAGUUCCCGAAAAAGUGCCAGAGAAGUCAUCAGAAUCAUCAACAAAUUCUUCUACAGCAUCGUCAGAAAGUGAUAGUGACAGCUCCUCUGACUCAUCAGCAUCAGCUAAAUCCUUAUCUGAUAAACCGGUAAUUCAGCAAAUAGUUCGUAGAAAAUCUCAUACCAAGUCUACACCAGCCACCACUGAAAGUGACAAGGAAGAGGAAGAAGAAGAAGAAGAAGAAGAUGAAGAUGAAGAGGACACACCAAGAAAACAUGUGACAAGAUCAUCUAGUGUUCGCACCAAAAGGGGCUCCUUACUUGGGAUACAAAAAGGGACUGAAUCAGAUUCAGAAAACAAUGGGAAGAUACGAAGAGGUUCUCGAAAUGGAGGGCCAAAGAAGCCUGCAGGAGCACCCACAAAGUCUGGUGCUCGAGCCAAGACAAAAAAGCCCAUUCCUCUGGACAUUUUGGAGAACACACCCCUGCCACCCAUUGAAAAGCGGAAGUGUCCAGUAGAAGGCUGUGAUUCUUCUGGUCAUCUUGGGGGGCUCUACGAAAGGCAUUUCUCUGUAGAAGCUUGUCCAGUUUUCCACAAUGUAACAAAGGAAGAGACUAAGGCUGACUUAGCAUACAUAUUUUGCAUUAUUAUUGAAAAUUUGACAAUAACCAUGGCCCCUAAGAAAGUGUUUGGUAUUCAUAAGGAUGGUGAGAAGGUUAAGCCUAAAACCUUAUCAGUGAACAAAAAGUUAAAGAUUGUGCCACCAAGUAGAGGAAUAUGCUUAAUGGGUCAGAUACGAGAAGGAGACAAUAUUGAGAGAGAAAAGGCAAAACUUCUUGUUGGAAGUAAAUCUCCUCGAAAUGGCCCAAAUGUUGAACAAAGAAAUUAUUGCAAUAAAAUCAGAGACUCAAGAGAUAAGUUGAGUGAACCUCGACCUGGGGAAGAGGAGAUGGCUGACAGAGACAGACAGCCAGCUCUUAUUGGAUACACUCCUGAGUGGGACCUUCAGCUGUUCAUGGAGGCUCAGUCUGCUGCCAGUGAAAAAUAGUAUGAAGAUGACCUAAGAGGCCUUCCAGAUAGUAAAGGAAUCCGUUAUAUUGAAAUGGGUCGUUACGAGAUGGAAGCCUGGUAUCAGUCCCAGUACCCGGACGACUACAACCAGCAACCAAAAAUAUACAUCUGCGAGUUUUGUCUUAAAUACAUGAGAUCCAGAACUAUAUUGCAGAGACAUGCUGCUAAAUGUGUAUGGAAACACCCACCAGGAGAUGAAAUCUAUAGAAAAGACAAAUUGUCAGUAUGGGAAGUGGAUGGCAAAAAGUAUAAGAUUUAUUGUCAGAAUCUAUGCUUACUGGCUAUGCUUUUCCUUGACCACAAAACACUCUACUAUGAUGUUGAGCCAUUCCUCUUCUACAUUAUGACACAAGCAGAUGGUGAGGGUUGUCACAUAAUUGGAUACUUUAGUAAGGAGAAGAACAGCUUCCUCAACUACAACGUGUCUUGCAUCAUGACCCUUCCACCCUACCAGCGUCAAGGUUUCGGUAGACUCCUCAUCGACUUUAGUUACCUCUUGACGAAGAACGAAGGAAAGAUUGGGUCACCUGAGAAGCCUCUGAGUGACCUGGGUCUCAUCUCCUACCGCUCCUACUGGAAGGACCUGCUCCUCAACUAUCUGGCCAGCUACACAGAAAAGAACGUCUACAUCAAAGAUAUGAGUACAGAGAUGGCAGUGAAUGCAUAUGAUAUAGUGAGCACCUUCCAGGCCAUGGGAAUGAUGAAAUAUUGGAAAGGAAAACACAUACUUCUUAAAAGACAGGACUUACUGGAGGAGUUCUUAGAGCGACAGAAACGAAGGCGAGCAGACUACAAGGAGAUCGACCCUAAAUGCCUCAAUUGGCGCCCUUAUGUUCCUCCACCACCCUCUGAAGAAUCUCAGUCCAACAGUAACAAAAACAAGACUGUCGCUGCAAACAAAGCAGCUGCUGACCGCAAGAAAGCUCAAGCAGCUUCUGCAGUGCAAUAACAUAGACUAUCAUACGAUAUCUUAUGAAAUGUAUGUACAGUUACAGGUACAUGGGUUUGUCUAAUUAAAAUUCUGUGGAUCAUGAUGACAACAAAGGAUAAUAAACAGUAAUCCCUCGCCAACGGUUUACUAUCUGCAGUCUAAGUAACCAUGUUUUAUAAAAUGUACACUACACCGUUUUACCAACCACGGUAUCUUGUUUUAACUAUGAAUGGCUUUUCAUAGCAACCGUGGGAGAUUUCUAGCUUAACAUGGUGGGACUGCAGGGAUAGUGACUCUAACCCUGUGAUUAUCUUUGUGGUGUUGCUCUCAAUACACUACACUCUUUCGUCUUUUGCCCUGAAAUAUGGGAUGAAAGUGUACAUGUAGGUGAUGUGAGUAGUGCUACUUCAGAGACAGCAAAGAAAGUAAUGCAAUGGAACAGAAAUUGGAAUUGCUCGAUUCAUAUGCAUGUGGUUAAAGUGUAGCAGCAUCCAUCUGCAGGCAUUUUCACAUUAAGGAGUGGGAUCUAUAAAGAAAUAUGAAGAUACCAUUUGGGUUAAUGUGGUGGGAAGUGCACCAAAGAGUGCAAAAGUGACUUAUAUUCCCCCAUGAUCCUUGCCUAACAAAAGCAGAUUAAGUACUCUCUCUCUGGAUUGAAGGAGGUAUGCAGCAUGAAACAACAUUGCUAGCGGAAGCAUCAAGGCCAGGCGAGCAGUGUUAAGGAGGUUGCACCUUUACACAGUUUUUUAGGUUUUCUAAUACCUGUACAGUGUACUGUAAAGUAUUUUUAUACAGUAUAAUAAAAAAAAUUCAGUGCAGCAUACACUUUGUACUUAUUUUUAAUCUUGAGCUGUAUAAUAUAUUACUGUACAGUACUUUAGGUAUGUCUCUUAAGGGGUCACUUCUGUCAAUCCCCGAUUUCCCAUUAGGCUCAACCCCUGCCAACCAUAAUAUUUUAUUGUCAAUAAUGGGAGAAUUUUGAAACAUAACCUUUGCAGUUGGCGAGGGAUUACUGCACAGUACCUGCAUGGCAUGAGUGUCUUAUAGUGACUUUUGUGGCAACAAUUAAUUUGAACACUGAACUGAAAAUAUGCGCAAUGGACUAAAUGCUCUAUUUUCAGUUUGUGUCAGCUCAGUAAGGUGCUGUGACUUAUUAUGGCUCUCAAACUCAGUCAUCUGAUAAUUAUUAUUAUUAUUA